AUGGCAAAGGUCCGAGAAAGGUAUUGGGUUCCUCGGCUUCGUCGAUUAGUCAAAAAGCAAAGGAAGAGAUGCUACAGAUGCAAGAGAUUCACGACCAAACCGUAUCAAGCUCCAAUACCUGCUCCUUUACCAAAGACUCGAACAGAAGGAACCACACCGUAUAAAGUCAUUGGUGUCGAUUUCGCCGGUCCGAUUAAGUAUAAAGUCAAGAAAAAUCAAGAAGGAAAAGCCUAUCUAGUGCUCUUUUCCUGUAGUUUGACGCGAGGAGUAUAUCUUGAAUUGUUGAAGAGUCUUGAGACAACUUCUUUCCUGCAAAGUCUAAAACGGCUCAUAGCAAGGCGAGGUCGUCCUUCGCUGAUCUAUUCGGACAAUGCAAAAACGUUCCAAGCUGCAGCAGCAUGGUUAAAGAGAGCAAUGCAAGACGAGAGGUUUCACAGCGCGCUCAGUAAACAUAGCAUUAAAUGGAGAUUCAAUCUGUCCCGCGCACCCAGGUGGGGAGGCCAAUUUGAGCGAUUGAUCGGUGUAUUCAAAUCAUCAUUUUACAAAGUCGUUGGUAAAGGACUUCUGAAAUUCGAUGAACUGGCAGAAGUUGUUCUGGACGUAGAAAUUUGUAUGAACAAUCGACCAUUGAGCUAUGUAGAGGAUGAUGUUGAACUCCCCGUACUGACGCCAUCUUCGUUCGUACUGCAACAGACGAAUGUCAUCCCUGAGGUGGAGAGUCAUCACAUUAAGGACGGUGAAUUACGGAAGCGAGCAAAGUAUUUGCACAAAAUCAAAACCCAAUUGUGGAACAGAUGGCAGCGAGAAUAUUUAACAAGUCUACGCCAACGCAAUCAAGUUAACAAAUCAGCAACCGAAUCUCAUCCGAAAGAGGGAGAUAUCGUUUUAAUUAAGGGUGAUGAGAAAAACAGAAAUAUGUGGAAGAUCGGAAAGGUAACGAUGUUGAUCCGUGGAAGGGAUGGAGUUGUGAGAGGAGUCAAACUUCAGUGUGGAAAAAUAUCUCUUGAGAGACCAAUCCAACUGAUCUAUCCUUUAGAAUUACAAUGCGACGUCAGCAACCAUCAAAAGAAGUUGCGAGUGAACGCCGAAGAAUUCAGACCAAGACGACAAGCUGCUGUGGAUGCGGAGGCGAUAAAUCAGGAGCUAAUGGAACAGGAAUGA